UUACAUAUAUAAACUUUUAAGUUGACUUUUGAGGAAAUUUUAAUCUAACUGCCUGGACUAUGUUGAGAGGAAAAACACGAGCCUGUGGGCUUUUUUUCCCCAAAAUGUGCCAAAGAUGCUUGCAUGCUGAAUGUUCUUAUGCAUGUAAUCAAAAAGGUCUUAAUGUUCCUUUAAUAGUGUGUAUUAAUAGUGUAAAUAGUGUGACCUAUUGUGUUAUUCAAGGUAAAGCUUAAAUUACUGUAGGUAAGAUAAAUCACUUAUGACAAGAAUUUGGUAAGUGUUCAAACUUAUAUGUCUUAGAUAAAAAAAAAAAAAAGUCAACUAUAGGUUAUGCCCUUCACAAUUGGUAAUGACUAGGGGCAGUCUCUGACAAGCAAUUUAAGAAUGCAAGUUUAUUGCCAUAGUCUAAAGCAGACACAACUGUUUCUGUUUGCUACUAGAAAGCUCUUCUCAGCAUCGUCCAAUAGGGUUUUGAAAUAAAGGUAUACAAUAUUAUUUUAGUUUCCAAAUAAAUCACAGAAAUAUGCUGCAUUUAGUUUUUUUACUGUAUUAGACUGUGAAAUCAUUUAACAGGGUUACUACAGAAAUAUACUAUAUUUCUGGUUUACACACUACUACCGUAAAGUCAUUUUACAUAUGAAUACCGUAAAAAUAACGGUAUACUGCUGGCGUCUCUGCUGCCAGCUCUUUACUGUUAUUUUACAGGAAAUUUUUUACAGUGAAAUUAUCUGCGAUAAAAUGUUAAAUAUAUUUGCUAUCCGUGCUACAUUUGUUUGUGCAGUUUUUUGGAUGCAAACAAAACAAUAUAUUAUUUACCAAGAGAUUUGGUUGUAUGGACUCAUUUUGAUAAAACACUUCUGGUAAGUAUCAUUGAGCAUUUAUAUUAAAUAUUUUACUAGUGCAAGCACUCAUAAGCUCAUAAAGGAACUCGCAAAGUUUACCUCACAUGUGAGACUGCAGCGAACGUGGCUUUGUGCGAAAUGUAAUUUAAAAAUAAAUGACCGAUAUCUUUUUCAUCUUUGAUCUAAGUAUUGUUGUGUGGGUCUAGUGUGUUUAUGCUGCAGAAAACUGAAGAGCAACACUACAGUCCUCCAACAAACAGAUUAGGAAGAGGAGGAUGAUGGCGGUCCAGUAUAUACAAAGAGAAAGAGGCUAAAUUAACCAAGAGAAGUGUCAUCGCUGAAGGAAUGGCAGACGUUACUCAGACACCUGUGAACACAGCAGUGUUUGGAGUCCAAGACAGUGAAAUCAUCUUUAUUAUACUCCUGACUGGACUAGCAAGGAGCAUUAGAGCCAAUGAGAAAAACUCAGAAGAAGAUACUUUGAAGAAUGCUGGUAAUCAAACCCAACAAGUUUGUCAGAAGGUCAGACGGCAGAGGACGAGCAAACUACUUACAAACUGAGCUUUUAAAUGAAGUACUGCAUGCAGCUGAUGUAAUUUGCCAUAUUGCAGAGGCUCUUGGAUUUGCGCGACACUGUAAUUUAGUGAAAGACGCGUCACACCUGCACAACGAACAGCCGGGAGGAAUCCGCGCUCGAGGACUGAAGACGUCAAUGAUCUGACUUUCACAUUUGCCACAAGAGGGAGAGAGAAUGCUGAUGUGUGUGAAGGACUCGCGCGCUGCACACAUCUGCAUGUGAAUUACACAGAUGAGACUGAUGAAACAUCACACACCGGUGACAAUGACAAGCGUCUCUCAACUUCUGAAAGUCGAAGACAAGAACAUUCCUGGGUCAUGACCACUGACUGCUAGAAAAAGACUAGUGAACUUUGCGACCCCUUUUGAAACCAAUCAGAAAUCAGCAGCGCUCACAGGCUUCUCUCGAAUUCUCUGUCAUGGAGGACGCAAACAUCACUCACUUGGCAGCCAUCUUCGUAAACCCUCAUAGUCAGGUGCCCGUUCUGGACGUUCACGACACUUACACAGACUUCUACGACAUGGACUAUGGUGUUCCUGCAGAGGAGAUGCCGGACACCACGCAAGGACUGGCCUACUUUGUGGCCACCAUCGUCAUCGGAGCCGUGCUCGUCUGCAUCAUUCUGGUGUGCGGCUUCGGCAACUUCCUCUUCAUAGCCACUCUGGCCCGAUAAAAACUCAGGAACCUCACCAACCUGCUGAUCGCCAACCUGGCCAUCUCCGACUUCAUAGUGGCUGUGGUCUGCUGCCCUUUCUUGAUGGAUUAUUACGUGGUCAAGCAGCUCUCCUGGGAUCAUGGGAAAGUGUUGUGUGCCUCUGUCAACUACCUCAGGACUGUCUCUCUCUAUGUGUCUACCAAUGCCUUACUGGCCAUCGCCGUUGACAGGUAUAUGGCCAUUGUUCAUCCCUUGAGGCCCAGAAUGAAGCACCAGACAGCAUACUGUCUCAUAACUGGGGUGUGGAUUGUCCCAGUGCUCAUUUCUAUUCCCUCUGCGUACUUUGCGUCCGCAACCAAAGUCCCCAAUGGAGCCAACCGCAGCAAGACCUUCUGUGCCCAGAUCUGGACGGUGGACCAGCAGCUGUACUAUCGCUCAUAUUUCCUGUUUAUCUUUGCCGUGGAGUUUGUGGGCCCAGUGCUCACCAUGGCCCUGUGCUAUCUGUGCAUCUCCAGAGAGCUCUGGUUCAAGAGUGUGCCAGGUUUCCAAACGGAGCAGAUCCGCAAACGCCUGCGCUGCCGGAGGAAAACUGUCAUGGUGCUGAUAGGCAUUCUCACAGCGUACAUCCUCUGCUGGGCUCCAUACUAUGGCUACACCAUCCUGCGCGAUUUCCACCCCACAUUCAUCUCCCGAGAGAGGAACUCCCUGGUGGCUUUCUACAUUAUCGAGUGCAUCGCCAUGAGCAACAGCAUGAUCAACACGUUCUGCUUCGUCAGUGUAAAGAACAACACUGUCAAAUAUUUCAAAAGGAUCGUUCUCCUUCGCUGGAAAUCCACCUACACCUCAAGGAAGAGCGCAGAUGAGACAGACAUCAAUCCCCAACUGACCGAAUGUAGAAAGGGAGCUGAGCUGAGUGGUUUUAAUGUCACCCAUAUUACAGAUGAUUAAAGUGAACUGAUGAUGCUGCUUAUGGACAUUGUUCUGCAGGUGAAUAUCG